AGCUGAGAACUAGACUAGCAACUCCACUUUUAUUGCCGACUGUAGCACUCUAAACCUUAUCCUCUUUUAUCUCCAUUGUUUCCAGCUGUAAAGGCUUAUCUAUCACCCACUGCCAACAAUGGCUGGCUAUAAUGCUGAAGAAGUGGGCAAGAACGAUUUCGUUCUCCUCGAUGACAUCUCAAUGUCUACCUUCAUGAACAACCUCCAGUUACGCUUCAAGAAAGGAAAGAUAUACACUUACAUUGGUGAAGUAGUCGUGUCCGUGAAUCCUUAUCGCCCGAUGAACAUAUACGACAGACAGUACAUACAGGAUUACAAAGGGAGAGAGAUGUACGAGAGGGAGCCGCACAUAUUCGCCCUCUCUGAUGCCGUCUAUCGUAACAUGAAGAGAACAGGGCACAACAGCUGUAUUGUCAUAUCAGGUGAAAGUGGUGCUGGAAAGACAGAGGCUAGCAAGAUUAUUAUGCGUUAUAUAUGCGAGAUAACAAAUCGCUCUCAAAGAGCUGAAAUUGAAAGAGUCACUAACAUGCUGAUAAGGUCCAAUCAGAUCAUGGAAGCGUUUGGUAAUGCUAAGACAAACAGGAACGAUAACUCGUCUCGAUUCGGAAAGUACAUGGACAUCAAUUUUGACUUCAAAGGCGACCCGACCGGCGGCCAUAUUGAAAACUAUCUCCUCGAGAAGUCUCGCGUCAUCCACCAGCAGUUGGGAGAGAGAAACUUUCACAUUUUCUAUCAGUUAAUAUCUGGUGCCGCCCCCGCACAAUUAACAACCCUCUCCUUGUUGAAAGAUCCCAAAUGUUAUCACUACAUUAAUCAGGGUGACGCCCACAAAGUUGACUCGUUGAAUGAUAAGAAGGAUUUUGAUAAUGUCCGUAAUGCUCUGAAGAUUCUUGGUCUUACGGUGAACGAGAUUGAAACCAUCUGGAAACUGAUAGCAUCAAUACUCCAUCUUGGCAAUCUCCAGUUUCGUGAUGAGGAUAUUGAUGGUGUUGAAGGUGCUGUCAUUACUUCCCCCGACCUGGUCCAGACCAUAUCCAGCCUCCUAGCUGUCGACCCACAGAACCUUGAAGGAGCCCUGGUCUCUCGUGUCAUUGCUAGUCGUAUGGAGGUCGUGUCUAAGAGACACUCUUCUGAUCAAGCUUAUUAUAGCAGAGAUGCAUUUGCUAAGGCAAUGUACGAUCGUCUCUUCACAUGGAUAGUCCGUUACAUUAAUGACAAACUUGGCGUCAAUAUAACUCGGAAGCACGACAGCACUGUCAUUGGAGUCCUUGAUAUUUACGGGUUUGAGAUAUUUGAUAAUAAUUCCUUUGAGCAGCUUUGCAUUAAUUAUUGUAAUGAGAAGCUCCAGCAGCUCUUUAUUGAGUUGGUCCUCAAGCAAGAGCAGGAGGAGUACAAGAGGGAAGGGAUCGAGUGGGUCCAUAUUGAAUAUUUCAAUAAUAAAAUCAUUUGUGACUUGGUUGAACAGCCUCACUCUGGCAUUAUUGCUUUACUAGAUGAAGCUUGCUUUAUGGUUGGAACUGUCACAGACAAACAUUUUCUUCAUGCCAUGGAUGAAAAGUACAAAUCUCAUGAACACUACAGUUCAAGACAAGUCAAUCCUACUAAUAAAGAGCUACAGAGAGAUGAGCAGUUCCUGAUAAAGCAUUAUGCCGGUAAUGUCACCUACACCAUCACUGCCUUCAUUGAUAAGAACAAGGAUCCUGUCUUCCAGGACUUCAAGCGUCUUCUAUAUAACAGUAAGCAUGCUAUAUUGCGUGACAUGUGGCCAGAGGGGUCCCAGGCUGUUACCGAGGUAACCAAACGACCAAAGUCAACCGGAACCAUCUUUAAAGAAUCAAUGAUAGCCCUCGUGGCUAAUCUGAAGACUAAAGAUCCAUUCUAUGUUCGUUGCAUCAAACCAAAUGAGUUAAAGUCGCCAGUUGCAUUCAAUGUUGAGAGAGUGAGGCAUCAAGUCAGUUAUCUCGGUUUGUUGGAGAAUGUUCGUGUGAGAAGAGCUGGUUUUGCUAAUAGACAACCUUACGAGAGAUUUGUGGGACGCUAUAAAGUACUGAGUCCAGCAACAUGGCCGUCCUACAAUGGCUCCAUCCAGCAAGCCACUGCUGCUAUAUUGGAUCAGGUCAAGUUGCUUACUACACCCGAGCUACCAAAGACCAAGAUAUUCAUACGCAGCCCUCAGACCCUAACUAGCCUGGAGAGAAGGAGGCUUGAUGCCAUACCAAGGAUAGUUGUCAUCCUCCAAAAGUACACUCGCGGUUUUCUGGUUCGCAAUCGUAUCCGUAAGACAAAUGCUAAGCAAGUCAUCCUCACUUACUUCAGGAGGUACAAACUAAGAGUUUUCAUUUGCUCUCUGGUGGAACUCUUCAGUAAUGUUCGUUCUCUUCCUGAUCUUGGUAAGAGUAUAGUGUGGCCCGAUCCUCCCCCAGUCCUCCAGCAGUGUGUCAGUUUCCUUAAAGAUAUACACGGAAGGUGGAGGGCAGAGUUUAUCCUAAGGAAAGUCCCUGUACAGGAUCGUCCUGCAGUUCAGUUGAAGUGUGUUGCUUACGACGUGUUGCAGAACAGGAGACCCAACUGGGGGCUGCAGAGAAAAUGGCAUGGGAACUAUUUGGCUAGACCUGAGGAGAACUCCCGAACUGCUAUAUUCAAUACAUCACUUGUUCAUCUUCAACGCUCUCACGGGUUUGAGAAAGUUUUAUACUCUUGUGAAGUAAUGAAAGUCAACAAAAGAGGUCGUGUACAACACAGAGCAAUAUUGAUCUCUGACAAUCACAUGUUUAAAUUGGACCCAAACAAAGGCUUCCAGCGCAAGAAGACUCCUAUACCACUCCAAGACGUUGAAGGGAUUUCAGUGACUCCGGAGAACAACCAGGGCUUCAUUGUUCACCUCCAUGGAGGCAGUGACUUGCUCUGUUACAUUAUUGCACCAAAUGGUGAGAGUAGAGUCCCUGAGCUAUGUGCUGUCUUGUAUCAAACAUGUAAAAGAAAGUAUGGUCAUACUAUAAAGGUCAAUGUUGCUAAUCCUGUCCCAUUCAGUGUCUCUGGAAAGUACCGUCAGCUUGACUGUCAGUCAGAGAACGUUCCUCGUCCGCUUGUCAAGAAAAAUCGUGAGGGUUUUACGCUAAUCUGGCCAUUUAAUAAUUAACUGAAAACUCGUAACUUUUCACUGAUUAUUAUUAUUAUUAAUUGUUAUUUAUCAUUUUGCUUGCUCUCCCAGCUCUUGCUCAUUAUUGCUUCUAUAUUAUUAUGUGUAUUCUGAUUUACUUCUUCUCUUCUUGUUCAUAUCAUUGUUUUGAGAAUGUAAGAAACGUUUCUUUUUGAAUUAAGUCAAGGCUAAUUAUUGCUAAUUUAAUAAA